ACUGUCUUACGGGGUCAUUAGGUCAUAUUCAACUCACGGACGAGACGAUCGGAUUUUCGACGCUAUUUUUCAUCGUUUCUGCUGUGAAUAACCAGUAUGGACAUAUCUACGGUGUGUGAGAGACUGGAUGAACUUAUUGUUGAACUGUUUGACAAGUUGGAGGCUCUCACUGCGGCCAGGAAGAGAAUGGACGAUCAUUUGAAGCAGGGUUACUUUAACCUGGCGAAAGCUCGGUACUCCCUGGGUGUGAAGGGUGUAGGACAGAUCCAGUAUGCAGCCAUCAUGGAGCCGCUGGUUCAUGUACAUGUCAGUGAAGAAGAUAGCUGCAGCAAAUUCAAUCUAGACAGAAUCAUUCCCAACAAGUCCAGCUCUGGAGCUGCCAAGAAAGUUUCCUUUGAUGACCAAGAAAGCAAGGUGCGCCGCAGACACACCGGCAGAGGGGAUGAGGAGAAUGAGGAACAGAGGGAGGGAUCUGAUGAGGAGGAGGAUGAUGAGGUUGCAGAGUUGAGCAGCGGUGUGGAGGAUCUGGAGUUACAUCAGGUCGUUGACCCCCACAGCCUGCAGGACCCCCUGAGGUGGUUUGGUAUCCUGGUGCCACCCUGUCUCAGACAUGGGCAACACAGCUUCUCCCAGGUUAUAGCCAUGUCCUGCCAGGUGGCCAGCCUGCAGUCCCAGAUUGACCAGUUGCGACUGGAGUACCGCCAGCUUCUCCGUCAGAAACAGCAGCUAGUGCAACAAUCUGCCUAACUCUACAAUACACGGUCCUUUCAUGUUGUUGCUCCUGUCCAGUAGUUUAUAUAUAACUUAUUUUCAUAAUUACAUUCUAAGUACCGCAAUCAAUUCUUCCUACAGUACUUGACUUGAACUUCUCAGUUCUAAAAAUGUCAAUCUUACUUCUACAUUUGUGUUUCUUUUUUAUUUGUUGUGGCAAAAGUUAGGCAUUUUUGGCACUCCAAGUUUUGAGUGUUUUUGCCAGAACUCUAUGACAUGUAUACUAACAUAUUUAUUAAAGCUACAAAAAAAGAGAGAACCACAACAUACAUUGUAGGUAGAAAAGAACAGAUUGAAAAUAGAAGCAAAUGUGACUGGAGCAAACUUCCUGUUUUUAGCACAACACUGAUGUUCCGGUAUUACCUUUUCAGGCAACUCUAUCCAUUUUUCAAUUCAGGUUUAUUUUCUGAAAGAAAACAAUGUUGCUCCUGUAGUGAGAAUGAGAGAAUGUAGAGAUGGUGCCUGAAAUGCUGAAUGACAUUGAAUAAUAAGUAAAAUAAUUUUCCAGCUUCAAAUGUCAUAUAAAAAUUAAAUUCCCUUCCUAUAAGAAUUCUGAUUUUUUUUCCACCACAAAUAAAGGUGCGAUUUUCUAUUCAAGAUGGAAUAGGAAUCUAGAAAAUGACUUUCUCUACUUGAAACAACUGUUGUUUUUGUACUUAUUGAAUGUAGAAACUUGUGCAAUAUAAUUAUACUACCCAUGUAAUAAGUACAUUUGUAUAUCAUUUUGUCAUACCUAGCUGUUUGACAGAGGUAUUCCAAACAGGUCUUUUUUUUUGGUAUUCCAUGGGCUUCCAUAGAAUAGUUUGAGCGUGUCUGAAGUGUGCCCCUGUCUACCCCCCAAUACCAGAUUCAGAUGUUGCAAUUUAUGCUCCCACAAUUCCUGUCUUUUUUAUGACACCAUAGUUUGAUUGAUUGUGUGUGUUGUGGAGAACGCACAUGUCAUAAAAAGAAAGCAAUACCAUGUACAUGUAUUCUGCACCUCAGAAUGUAUUCAAAUAUGUAUUCCGUUUGUUAUAUGGACCAUAUAAAUUUAGUUUAUGUAUUGUGUUUAUAUGAUUGUAAUGUGUAUGGCAGUCUUAUUGUAUUCGGCUGAACUACGAGUGUUGACAUUCCUUUUUUGUAUGCCUAUUACGAUAAGAAAAUGCUUAAACUUGAACCAGUGCAGUAAUGAACACUCCUAGGCCGGCUACUGAAGGAUCUGCUUGGAGAUUACAGUUUAUGCACGUACGUAUAUGUGCUCAUACAUUUGUUUUCAAAAAUAGAAUUGGAACUAGUAGGAAAUAAGACAUACUUAGAUUAAUAAAAGUAAAAUUACUCUUCAAUCUUUUGAGAUUGAAUGUGAUCAAUCAAGGAGAUGGAAAAAAAGAACCUCCAUGGAUCAACAAAUCAGAUGUAAAGCUAUUUCUAGUAUUAGAAACUUCAAAAGGUGUUUCACCUAUCUUCUGUAAGCAAUAAUGACUAAAAUAAACAACACAGCAGACUGUAGUUUCAGUUCCACAUUCCUUCUUUAUUGUGAUGUCAAGUUUGCAUGGGCCUGCCUUCCUCAGCAGACAAUUUGUCCUCUCACAUUCUCACAAACUCUGCUGGGAAAUACAGCACCUCAUUCACCAGCUGCAGAUUCACCUGCAUUUUAAGGCUGUCUUUUUCACCACCAUAAAUACUUUUCUUUUUUUUUCUUCUCAUAAAAAUAUUCCAAUUUUGAGAGUAUUUGUGACUGGUGUUACAUGAUACAGUUGACAUUUGUGAGGGUGACAUAUACACAAUACUUUGUACCAAAAUAUACUUCCACAAACACGUAUCCCAAUAUC